CGAGCGUUAUAAAUAGUAAACGGACGGUCGAGUGGCACAGUAGUAACGUCAGAGUCCCCAGCCCAGCAGCACCAUGUACAAGCUCCUGCUCCUUGCCGCACUUGUGGGAUGCGCCCUGGCCGCCCCCAUCAACGAUGAUACUAUUACGAAGUUCCUGUCCAACGCGGACACGGAUGGAACAUACGGCUACAGUGUGGAGCAGGCCAGUGGCAUUGCCUUUGGAGAACAGGGCCUGGGCGGAGUGGGAGCCCGCGGCUCAUACUCCUACAUCUCGCCCGAAGGUAUUCCCGUCCAGGUUACCUAUGAGGCCGACGAGAACGGCUUCCGCCCUCAGUCGGAGCUGCUGCCCACCCCUCCACCUAUCCCAGAGGCCAUCCUACAGUCCAUCCGCUUCAUUCAGGAGCAUCCCACGCCCGAGGAGCUAGCCGAUCGCGCUGUUCGUGCCCAGCAGAUCUAGAUCUGGUCUCUCUCCGUAGUCUUAAGUUUGCCUAAGUGUCUCCCGGAUAACCUAUUCACCCCGCCACAUAUCCCAUUCCAUCAAAGUAAACCAACGUUUAUACGAGCGUAAGCUGCCACGAUAA